AUGAAGCAAGUUAAAUUCGUCCCACACCAAUCUGAAUGGACCGAUGAAGAGUUUCAAGCCAUCGUUGAAGACGUUGAGAACGACAUAGACGGCGAACUUGAAGGAGCUCAAAUCACAAUUGCAACCAAAAUUGCAGAGGUCAAGGAACAGAUAGCUCCACUUAAAGCUACCAAAGCUACUCUUGACCUCAUGGAUAGUUACCGUUUAGAUGUCAAGA